UUAAUAAAUAAGGUAUUUUAUUAUUUCGUUACUAAAUCACAUUGUUUCAAAACUUGUUCUACAAAUUAAAAAUAAAAUAUGAAAAACAAUAUAACAAAAUAUUUUAACGUUUUGAAUAUGCAUUAAACGUCAAGACAAUAACAUUAAAAUAAAUCACGAAACUCUCACAGGAAAUAUGAAGUACACACAAUGCAAUUUACUUUUUAAUGUCGUAAUAAAUAAGUACCUACAUUCCUUCCUCCCAUUUUUAAUACCUAUUUAACAGAUCUAACAAUACUGAAACCUCAAAAGUACGUGAGGCACUUUGUAAAGUCAUUUAACUUCAAGUACUAUAUACAACCUUUUCUUUCAAAUUCAUCCAGAAUAUUCUGAAAUUGAUGACGAAACCUUUCUCCCGAUAACCAUUCCAUUUCUGAUUUUCCUUGAGCCACGUUCUCGAGAUCAGGAGUUUUUUCAGGACCAGAAAGCACUGCUGGUAGCAUCAUUAUUGCAUUAAUAAAACCAUAAAAUUCAUUCUCUACCAUGGCUUUAUCCAGCAAGUCUGUUGUAAUGCUUACCGGCAAGUUUAAGCGCUGAGCAACACUGGUAAACUCUUUACAAUACUCAUCCAACAACAAGAGUCUGUGAUUCAAUCGAAUUUCUUCUUGGGGGCUUGUAUACAAAAAAUACAAAAUAUCGAAAACUGGCGACACGAAUCGACACAUUUGAAAAUCAAUCAUUUUAAUGUCAGAAAUGUCACCCUCUGAAGAAUGCUGGAACAUUAUAUUGUUUGUCCAAAAGUCCCCAUGGUUAAGAACCCGAAAUGGAGAUUCUGAAUUGAAUAAGGAAACAACUCGAUCACUUGACGAAGACGCAAUGUUGCGAAGUUUGUCACCAAAUCUUUCGUAUCCUGGCCACUUGUCAACUCUGUCGGCUACUGACAAUACACAGUUCGUCACAUAACUACGAGCAUGAGCUUGGCCAGCACCACUAUACACAGUAUCACAGAAGUUGGAAAUCAUCAUUUCCUUUGGAAGAGCGGUCGAACAUGCAUGAAAAUAUGCCAAACAUUUCAUAGCUUCUUUACAAUGAUUUAAAUUUAAUCCUUCGCGACGAUCAACAAUUUUAAAUCCUUGGCGCGUUAAGUCAUCCAACACAAGCACUGAAUGUGAGCGAAUGAAAUAACAUUUAGGUGCAAAACGAACUGAAACGCAUUUUUCCAGUUCACACAUUAACGGUAGCACAGAAUCAUACAAAAUAAUUUCUUUCUCAAAUAAACGUGCGGUACGAAUAAAUUGUAAAUUAUAUUCUGUUGUUGGUAAACAUUUGACGAUCAAUGAAAAUUGAUUUCCAUCUUGCGUCUCUACUGAAACCCGGUAGAUAUCACUAAUGUAAUUGUCCCCUGGCGCUGCGGCCGGAGCAACGUGGUACUUGAUGAGGGUGGCUCGGUCGCUGUGGGCUUCUCCAAGAAUAGCAGUUUUUAUAAAAUCUUCGUUCAACCAAGAAGGUGUCGUCAUGGAAUGUUGAGUCAUGAUCUGUAGAACUAAUAAAACUGUAUUAAAUGUAUUGUCGAAAAGAAUUCACUCACGCAGCACUGGACUCCCACACUGUCCGAGACGUCUUAUAUAGGUUAUGUCGCAGACGCAAGCAGCUGCUUGCAAUUCAAAGCACUUUCCCAAUACAGUCAAUUAUUCUCAAUGUAGAUCAUUUUAGCUUGAGGAAACGUUGUGAAAAACGUAGAAUGAAUAUAAAAACCGUACACACAAUAUAUUCAGUAAUUUUGAGAUACUCUUUUCACAUUCAACAACUCUCAACGACUCACUAGAUAACUAAUUGUUAGCACGCGAGAAUCAUAUCGAAUUCAUGACGUAUCAAAAGGAAGCGGGCCUCUUAAAUAAAAAAUCCAUAACGAGUGUUUAUUGUCUCCAAAUAAAUUAGUUCAUUUUACAAGCAUUUCAUUUCUUCAUUUGACUUAUUUGGGAAUCGUAUAGCAGUGAGUUGUUAAUGUUAAAAGUGAGACAUGUUAAAAGAUUAAUGAACGAAAAGUAUGAGUGAAAUUUCAUAAAAUUGUUUGGGCAUGUUGAUGUUGAUUUAAGGUGUUUGUUAUAAAAAAUAUUUUUUUGUAGAAACAAUUGUAAAGGAUAAUUUUUGAUUGAACAUGCAAGAAAUUUAUUCUGGUGCAACAGGUGCAUGUCGUUUAUGUUUAAGUGAAUCUGAAUUUCAAUUAUUAAUAUUUGGAGACACAGGGCAAAAGUUAGGCAUUCAUUUCAAAAUUCAGUCCUGUUUUCCUUCAUUGCAA